UUCUACGGCAGCCUCAUGCUCGUAUAGCCCUCUAAAUCUGACAGAACUCUCCCUCUGCUCUAGCCCUUGGCGGCUUGGCGAGGAGGGGUAGUCCUUCGACGCCGUUCUUGAUUAUUAUUCAGAUGGAUAAGAUAAUCUAAUCAGAUCUGCAGUGUGCGUCGCAUUUCCUGUCACACAAGUGCCCCUCCAUCGCAACGGCGAGCGUCUUCGGCGGUGGGUGGCAUUACCGCAUACGCUCGGUUUAAUUACCUAACGAGCAAGAGAGAAAGGUUAGAUGAAGAAAAUAGCCGCCGUUAACCCCACGGCAUGUACCUUGACAUGUACGAGAAGACGAUGAAGAGAGGUACAAGCCUCUUGGCGAGAUCUGGCCCUGCCCGGCAUUCGUGGGAUGAAGGGACAGAAGAGAGUAAAUAAAAGAGACAGCUUCCCCUCCAGCCCCUCGUUGGUAAUGACGUCUCUUCACACCAUUCGGAAAUGUCUGCAUCUGCUUUCAUAGAUACCCCUUUCAGUUCUUAUUUGUCUUCCAAAAUGGCCGCACCACAGCCGACUAUCAACGACCUCGCUGCCAAGAUUGGCGAGCUCUCGGCCGAGUUUACCAAGUUCUUGAGCGACAACAAGAUCCCUCAGCCUACUUUUGCCGCGGACAGCGUCUCAAGCUACGAUGGCCUCACGUCAGAAGCCUUCUUGCUUCGCCAGAAGCUGUUGGAUGCCGCCAACGAUCUCUCCUACCUAGUCUCAGGACCAAGUGAGAGCAUCUUUAACUACACCCAUAACAUGUCUCCUGACGCAGCAUCACUCAACACCCUCAACCACUUCGACUUCUGGUCUGCCGUGCCCAUUGAUGGAGACGCCUCGUACGCAGACAUUGCAAAGCACGUCCGCCUGCCCGAAGAAGUAGUCCACCGUGUUCUCGACCACGCCUACACCCUGCGCAUCUUCGAGGAGACCGAUCCCGGCAAGCCCUUCACAACUCGCGUCCGUCACACCUCGCGAUCUGCUGCGCUGCUGAAGAACGCCGGCCUCAGGGCCCUGGUGGAGGCUCUCAUGAACGAUGCUGGCCCGGCUAUGGGUGUCCUUCCCUACGCACUGGAGAAGUUCCAGCGCGGUAAGACAGAGUUGAAGGAGGAUAUGACGGAGACUGCCUUUGCGCUGUACCACUCUGGCGAACUCUGUGGCGGAUACACAAACUCAUGGGAGCUGCUGGAGAACGACGGCGAGGGCGAAAACAAGGGCUUCCGCCAGAGAAACUUUGUCAAGUGGAUGAACUACAUCAAGGAGAUCUUCCGCUUGGAGGGAUUGGUCAACAGUGCCUACGACUGGAAGGCCGCUGGCGACUUCAGCGUUGUCGAUCUCGGCGGCUCUGGUGGCCACGAUAGCUUCGUUUUGGCGAAGAACUUCCCCAACCUCAAGAUUACCGUUCAAGACCUGCCCAACUGCGAGACUUCCUUCAACCAAAACAUUCCCGAGGAGCUCAAGGGCCGAGUCAGCUUCCAGCCCCACAGCUUCUUCGAGCCGCAGCCCCUGUCCGCCGACUUGUACAUGAUCAAGCUUAUUCUCCACGACUGGCCCGAUGCGGAGUCUAUCAAGAUUCUCAAGGGUCUCACGCCGGCACUGCGCCCUGGUGCCCGAGUCCUCUUCAUCGACUACGUCGGCAAGCAGGGUGAUGUCGAGGAGAACGCCGCGGCGGCGGCGGCGCUGCCCAAGUCUAUCCAGCAGAUGGGCACUUCGACGGAUCUGAGAAUGAUGGGUCUUUUCAGCGCAAAGGAGAGACCCGUCGACGCGUGGACAGAGUUGUUCAAGAAGGCGGACGAGAGAUACGAGAUCAAGCGUGUUGAGGCCAACCCCUUGACUUUCUUUGUCAUUAUCGAGGCCGUUUGGCGCGGUUGA